GCUUUUUUAAUUUAUUAAUUCCAGUUUUGCAUUCAAGUUAAAAAAACACUAGUCAUUGUGGAAAUAUUGUUUUGGAUUAUUUCGUUUUUUGAAUCUUUGAAUUGUUAUUAUUGAAAAUAUUCCUUGGCUCAAUUAUGGCUGAAACAUCAACUAACCGAGCUUCCACUGCUGAUGAUAAUAAUUAUGAACAAUCAACGGAAACAACUUCGACGGGUAUCGGUGCUGUUUUUAGACAUUUGACAUCAAAACCGACAACCACUUUAUUAUUAACCAUGCGAGUGGCCACAUUAACUUUCACAUUUUUAUACCUGGUACCAUUAACAUCAAUUUCACCAUCAAAUCUUUAUCAAAAAGCAUUGGUAUCGAAUGCUGCCAUAUCAGCUUUACGUCUUCAUCAACGAUUACCACCAUUUCGUAUUAGCCGUGAAUAUUUCUACAUGCUUUUAGUAGAAGAUUCGGCUCAUUAUCUAUUUUAUUCACUAAUAUUCAUAUCGAAUCAACCGAUUACAUUGGUACUUUUACCGAUUGCAUUAUUCUCUUUCCUACAUGCAUGUAGCGCUAUACUUAAUGUCAGUAAUGUUGCCGGCAUUACCGGAGCAUCUAAACGCUUUCUUGAAAAUAUAUUACAAAGUCAACGACAAAUACUCUUGACCAUUGCAUUGGCCGAAAUCACAUUGAUGCCGACCAUUAUAUUUGCCAUAAUAGCUGGUUUGGCCAGCAUAUUCACUCCGUUUAUGUACUAUCAAUUUGUUGCAUUACGUUAUUCGUCCCGUCGCAAUCCAUAUAGUCAACAGGCGUUCCAUUGGCUACGAUUAUCAUUGCAACAUUUCGCAAUGUCACCUCGCUGUCCAUCAAUAUUACAAACAAUCAUUUAUCGUGGUAUCGAAAUUGUUUGUCGAUUUGCGCCACAAAUCCAGCAAUGAUAAACACAUCCACAUUCGAUGAUGACCGGUGACCAAAGUAAAAAAAUACAUUCGAUUUUAAGAUGAACAAUCUUUUAUUAUUCAUUAGUUG